AAAAAAUCGCAUCCGAUCCGAAUCCGGCGAGCCGAAUCAAAUCCUCCCCUCGAGCACCAGCGGAGCGGAGGAGCGAAUUCGCCGGAGACGAGACCCCUCGCCGUCGUCGAUUCCCCAGGCGAGCCCGUGCAUUCGUUCCUCCGCGGCGAGCAGAAGCGGUGCGCCUGCCUGCGAUGGCGGCGGAGAAGCCGGCUCCGGUGAGGGUGCUGUACUGCGGCGUCUGCGGCCUCCCCGCGGAGUACUGCGAGUUCGGCCCGGACUUCGAGCGCUGCAAGCCGUGGCUCCGCGCCAACGCCCCGGGCGUCUACCCCGACGAGCUCCUCGCCUCCUCCUCCUCCGCCGCCGCCGACGUCGACAAGGUCGGGGAGCGGCUUCAGGGCGUCGGGAUCUCCGCCGCCGAUGGCUCCACCAGUGCAGGGGAUGCUUCUGCGUCGAAGCAGGAAGAGGUGAAGCGCUUGCCUGGUGGUAAGGUCAAGAAGAAGGAUAAACAAGAGGUUGUGAUUGAGAAGAUUGUCCGCAACAAGCGCAAAUGUGUUACUGUGGUGAAGGGUCUGGAAUUAUUUGGUGUCAAGCUGAGUGAUGCUUCAAAGAAGCUGGGGAAGAAGUUUGCUACAGGAGCAUCUGUUGUUAAGGGCCCCACUGAGAAGGAGCAAAUUGAUGUGCAAGGGGAUAUAUCGUAUGAUAUCGUGGAGUUCAUUACAGAUACUUGGCCUGAUGUACCUGAGUCAGCCAUUUUUUUCAUUGAAGAUGGAAGGAAGGUUCCUGCUGCUUGAUGUUUUAUGGCCACAAGGCAGAAUACCAAUGGAGUUACAAAUAUAGUAGAAAUAUAAGACAAGAGUAUGCCUGCAGCUAAGGCAUGGGCCUUGCAUGAGCUCAUCAAUGCUACUACUCCUUCAAAGACAAAAAACUGUUUUCUUUCAUUUCUGGUCUUAAGUUCAUCACAACUGGUGUUUUAUCGAGGACUGGUCCCAUGUGUAUCAACUUUAUCCUGCAAGUUAGUUUGGUAUUGCUAAGCCAUUGGAAGUGGCAAAUGUUUUGUGCGAGCAUCAGGCUUCAUAUUUAACGACAUGCAAAGAAGAGUGCAAAUUAGUAGUGUCUCUGCCCUUUCUGCUUUCACAGAGAGGUUGUUUCACACUGCAA